CGCCACACACCUCGGUCCUCAACCUUCUCAGGCUGAGUCGGUCUGAGGGAGGUCGAGUGAGGCCCUCCUCCCUCCAGAGGUGAGGUGCCGCCCUGGGCGGAGGUCCCCUGCGGCUUUGCUGCUAGCAAGGUCAGCCCAGGGGCUGGAGAGCAACAGAAGACCCGGGUAAGGAGGGUCCCCCCAUCCAGACCCGCGUGGGUGUGUGCGUGCCUGGGGCUCACCUCCCCACUGUGCUGUCUUCAGCAGGGUUCCCCAGGGACUGCCCCUCUCCACGCCUGUCUCCCCUCUGAGAACUGUUUGCUCCUGGCCCUGUUGCGAGGAUAAGAUGAGGGUACAACUGCACCAUCGAUGAGGGGGCUGGCAGUGCUUCUUUGUGUGCAGCCACUCGGCACACACUUAUUAAGUGCCUACUGUGUGCCAGGCGGGCCUAGAGAGGUUGAGGAGCAGGUGAUGGAACAGUGGGGCCGGCCUGCAAGGAGUUGUUGGUGGGGGUGGGAGAGUCGUCCAGCCUGGGUGCCACAAAGAACCGGUUACCCACACUUUAGAGGGAGUGAGGGGGUGGGGGCGGGGACCCCACCCUCAAUGGGCUUUCGAGGACCGGCAGGGGGCGGCAGGGGGUGACCGCAGCGCCCUGCCCUCUGGGAGUAAGGAUGGGAGCCCACCGUUGGAUGCCCCUCCCCGUUUCAGCCUCACCCCCACCCAGGGGGUACCUUGAAAUAACAGGAAAUUUCAAAUAACAGGAAACCAAGGGCGGGCAAAACUCGCGGCUCCACCCUGCCUGGGGCAAACGAAACACCCCACCCCGGGGCCCCAGUCUGCCCUCUGGGAGGGGGACCGCAAUGAACGCCACGGGGACCCCGACGGGGGACCCCGAGUCCUGCCAGCUGCUGGCGGCCGGCGGGCACAGCCGGCUCGUCCUCCUGCACUACAACCACUCGGGGCGGCUGGCGGGGCGCGCUGGGGCGGAGGAGGCCGGUCUGGGGGUGCUGCGAGGGCUGUUCGUGGCCAUGAGCUGCCUGGUGGUGCUGGAGAACCUUCUGGUGCUGGUGGCCAUCGCCAGCCGCAUGCGCUCCCGGCGCUGGGUCUACUACUGCCUGGUGAACAUCACGCUCAGCGACCUGCUCACCGGCGCCGCGUACCUGGCCAACGUGCUGCUGUCGGGGGCGCACACCUUCCGCCUGGCGCCGGCCCAGUGGUUCCUGCGCGAGGGCCUGCUCUUCAUGGCGCUGGCCGCCUCCACUUUCAGCCUGCUCUUCACGGCCGGCGAGCGUUUCGUCACCAUGGUGCGGCCGGUGGCAGAGAGUGGGGCCACCAAGCGGGGCCGCGUGUGCAGCUUCAUCGGGCUGUGCUGGCUGCUGGCGGCGCUCCUCGGCCUGCUGCCCCUGCUCGGCUGGAACUGCGUGUGCGCCUUCCAACGCUGCUCCAGUCUCCUCCCGCUCUACUCCAAGGACUACAUCCUCUUCUGUGUAGUGGUCUUCGCUUUCAUCCUGGCCACCAUCAUGGUGCUCUACGGAGCCAUCUUCCGAGUAGUGCGCGCCAACGGGCAGAAGGCGCCUAGCACCCCGGCGCGCCGCAAGGCCCGCCGGCUGCUCAAGACGGUACUUAUGAUCCUGGUGGCCUUCGUGGUAUGCUGGGGCCCGCUUUUCGGCCUGCUGCUGGCCGACAUCUUCGGCUCCAACGUCUGGGCGCAGGAGUACCUGCGGGGCAUGGACUGGAUCCUGGCGCUGGCCGUGCUCAACUCGGCGGUCAACCCCAUCAUCUACUCCUUCCGCAGCCGGGAGGUGUGCCGGGCCGUGGUGGGCUUCCUGUGCGGCGCGUGUCUCCGGCUAGGGCUUCGAGGGCCUGGGGACUGCCUGGCUCAGGCCGUCGAGGCCCACUCUGCAGCCUCCAACACCGACAGCUCACUGAGGCCGAGGGACAGCUUUCGGGGUUCUCGAUCGCACAGCUUCCGGAUGCGGGAGCCCCUGACCAGUGUCUCUAGCGUGCGGAGUGUCUGAAGCCACAGUCGGGGUGGUGGUUCAGCAGCCUUGAUCCCCGUGCAGGGAUGCUGCAGUCGGGCCUGAAGAAGAGGAAGGAACCGGUUAGCCACCAGGGGCCUGCAUCCCAGGGCCCCGCGGUGCUGGGGGGCAUCCCGGAAGCCUCAAGGGGCUGCUGGCACCAAGUGGGUUUCCUAUGGUUGUUGUGGAGCAGGAGGCAACGGCUGGUUGGAACCGAGAGCGCGCUGGACUAGAGAUCAAUGGGUUUGCUGUGUGCGCCCCCCUCCUGUGUGACUCGGAGGAAGUCCCAGCCCCUCUCUGGGCCUCGGUGGGGGUGGACUGGCGGGGAGUGGGUGGAUGCCCUGCGAACACAAAAGUUCAGUGGUGGGAUGAGAUGGUGCAGUCCCUAAUUCACAGCUGGUGUCAGGGUGAAAGCAUGAGGGUUGUGGGUCUGCUGGAGCUGGGCCAGUGGCCAGGGAGCGACAUGGGUCUGUGUGCUGGGGGGUGUGGUUGUGACAGCAAGGGCUUUGGUGUGGAUGAGACUGUAUGUGUCUGUUAGAGAGGGAUAGAGAGGUCGAGGGCAGAGCAAGUUGUGUCGGUGAGCAGCGUGUGCCGGUGUGCAGAUAUCCUUGCGUGUAGCAGGCCUCUUGUCUGAGGGCGUGUGCUUGUGCACACAUGUGUGUGACUGAUCCACUCUGUUGAAGGUGUGUGUAAACUUAGGGAGGCUACCAGAAGGGGGUGGGGGCGGGGGCGGGGGCGGUGGCGCUGACACCCACCCCUUCCCGGUCACUUCCCCUUUGCCUGCCCUAUCUCUCAUCUUGGGUUCUGGGCAGCCUCCUCCCCCCACCUCUGGCUUCUGCAUCUUUUGAGACUCAGUCUGGAGUCCAACAGAGAGGGAGAUGCUUUAGCACUAACUGCCUCUCCCUUCCCCAUCUGUAAAAUGGGCUGAUGGCAGACAGAACUCACCGCAGGAGGCUGUUGGUGCUCGGAACUCACCGCAGGAGGCUGUUGGUGCUCGCUCAGUGCUUUUGCUGUGGUGAGCAGGCAUCAGUGUGUCAAAGAAACAUCCGGCGAUAGUGGAAAUGUUCUAUAUCUGUGUUUCCCAGUGUGGGACCCCUCCCCCACACAUGGCUACUGAGCCCUCAAUAAGAGGUCAAUGGGACUGAAGAAAUCAACUUAGAGUGCGUGUGAAUUUAAGCACUCCACAGGACUCGCAGCAAUGGUACCAGACAGUGCUACAGGGGGACACCUUCUGAAUGUAGCCACUUUUGGCUAGUGGGAAGUUCUCUGUCUCCAUCCGCCCAGCCGAGACAGUGCCCACAGGUCUUCUUGCCUCUAUCUUGCCAAGUCGUUGGGGCAGCGUCCUGUCUGCCACUCCAGAAGAGACAGCUCUGUUCUGAGCCUCCAUUUCUCCCCUGCAGGAUAGGGGAUGGCAUGAUGGAUGUGUUGACUGUGCUGUCCAAUAAAGCAGCCAUUAGCCACAUGUGGCUACUUAAAAUUAAAAUGAAUUUUAAAAAUUCAGUUUCUCGGUGCAUUUCUCAGAGCUUCAGUGGCCAAGUAUCACAGACUGGGGAGGGGGUGCUUGAAUAACAUAAAUGUAUUUGCUCACAACUCUGGAGGCUGCAAGUCUGAGGUCAAGGUGCCAGCAGGCUUGGUUCCCCUGAGUCCUCUCUCCUGGAUCCUGGGGGUUUGCUGGCAGUCUUGCAUCCCUUGGCUUGUAGACACAUCAGCCGCAUCUCUGCCUCCAUCUUCACAUGGGUUGUGUUUAACUGCACGUCUGUGUCCAAAUUCUCAAGUCUUUUUUUUUUUCCCUUGGCUACUCUGGGUCUUCACUGUGGCACGAGGGCUGUCUCUAGUUUUGGUGUUCUGGCUUAGUUGUCCUGCAACAUGUGAGAUCUUAGUUCUCUGACCAGGGAUCACAUACAGGUCCCCUGCAUUG